CAAGGUCUCAGCGGAACAUUAAAUACUAUUAUUUGCGUGGAUGAUGUCUGAGGUUGUUGAGUCAGUUGGUAAACUGUGCCCAAUUUGUCAUGAUGAUAUUGACUACUUUGCAUACGGAUCAUGUAAUCAUCCUACAUGUACAAAAUGUGUACUGAAGUUGCGAAAGUUUGGAAGCGCUGAUGAGCCUGAAUUUUCACAAUGUCCUACUUGUCGGCAGAAUAUUAACAGAGUUGCGAUUAUGAGGAAUUUCGUUCCGUUCGACAAUAUUGACGUGUCCUUACUUCGACAUGACUCAAAGUUUGAUUUUAUGUUUCCUGAUGUGGAGAUUGAACAGCACUACCUAAACAUGCUUAAAUCAGUCUGCCCUAUUUGUGGUGAAGAAAAAAAAUCUCUCUCUGCCUUAAAUAGACACACUACUUUGGAGCAUCAGCUUUCUUAUUGUGAUCUCUGUAUUCGAUAUGCCAGGCUUUUGCCAUGUGAAUUCGUACUUAUGAAACCAGCUGACCUUACAAAACAUCGUUCAUGGGAUAAAAACAAGAAGAAAGGCCAUCCUUUGUGCGAUUUCUGUAAGGAACGAUUUUAUGAAAUGGAAGACUUAAUAACCCAUAUUCGUGAUCUUCACUUUUUAUGUGAUCUUUGCAUGACUACAGGAAAGUUUGUGGUUUUCAGACAGCAGUGUGAAUUAUUAGACCAUUACGGUGAAUCUCAUCAUCUAUGUUCCGAGUGUCGAGCUCAACAACGUAUCUCAUGUUUUGCAACCGAGGAUCGUUUAGGCUUGCAUCGUUUUCAAGAACAUCCAAAUGAAGUGGCCAAUGAUCCCAACUCCUGGCUUCCGAUUUCUAUACGACACGUAACAUCUACUGAUUCUGCUUUCAGGCGACGUGACCAAAUAUUUCCUGAUGUAUAUAGUGUGGAUGGCGUUGUUGAUGCAUCUGAUGGUAGACUUACUUCACAAGACAAUCCUAGUGUAACAUACCGACGACCUAAUCCUUCUGAAUGGACCGGUGAAGAUUUUCCUUCACUUCAGUCGACCAGACCAAUGACCACAAGUUCUCACUUAACAACAAAUGAGUCUAGGAGUUCUCAAACACCCGUACAAAGACUUAGGGAGUCAACCACUACUUUGACAGAACGCGAGAUAAACGACACAAAUAAUUCCGUACAAAAUAAACGACCAAUAACUGGUGGAAGUUGGGUUUCUCGUGUUGCUAAUGUCAAUUUUACUAAUAAAGAUCGUCUUACAUCUGAAGAUUUUCCUAGUUUAACACAAUCAACAAAUCCUUCCACUGGCAAACCUCCCACGUGGGUUAGAAGUAAUGCUUCUCAACUCAUACAAAAUCCUCAGACCGAUACAUCCAAUCAUUUUAGCUUUCCAACUCUUGGAUCAAACAAUCAUGCUUCUGCUAGUAGUAGUAGUCCUUCGUCAGGAUGGUCGAAAACAAGCCGUAAUACAUCUUCGGAAGAACAACUUAAGUCCACAUUUCCUCAAUCAGUUUCUCUGCAGACGCCUACAUCUUCCGAUUUUCCGUCACUUCCAACAAAUUCCAAUCCUAGUCAUUCAAAUCGCACUAUCAAUUUAACUUCAAAGUCAGUUUUAGAAAAUAAAUCCAAGGUGUUUAAAACACCAGCGGCUGAUGCAAUGAAAAAGAAAACUGAACCAUUAACAGUCACAACCGCAUUAAAAAUUACGAAGAAACCAAAACCCGGAAACAACUCAAGAACAAUAAACAAUGAUAUGGAUGAGCAUGGUGGUAUGACUUUAAGGGAUGAUAGCGAGAAGUAUGCUGAUGAUCAGCCACCAUUGGAAAAACCUCAGUUCAGUCAUAUCCGAACAGUAGAUGUUCUUAAUAUUAAUCAACAAUCAUCUAGUCAAAUAAAUCUAAUUAAUCAUGAACCAUUAUCACUUACAAAUGAUUUUCCAUGUCUAUCUGAAAAUAAAACUAAUUCCAAUGAUACAAUACAGAAAAAAUUACAAAAUCGACAAACAAAAAAGAAAAUCAUUGAUACUACUGUUCAUCAAUCUGAACAACAACACUCUUCUCAUACAACCAGUAGUGUUGUGAAUAACACUUUAAAACCUGAAAUUAAUUCAUUAAUCAAACUUAUAAAAUCUAUUCAAUUUAAUGAUAACAUGGAUAUUGAAUGCUUAUUAUAUGCUAAAUCUCAAUAUGUAGCUCCACCGGAUAUGGAAAUACGUAAUCGUGAAUUAAUUCAAACAGUGGAAAAUGAUUUAUUUGAUAAAAGUGGCAAGACAGCUUUUAUUCGGUUUGCUGAUUUAUCACGUCGUUAUCGUUAUAAACAAAUCAAUGCUACAGCUUACUUGGAAGGCUUAAUUGGUCUUCUAAAUGUCAAUACUGUGAAUCAGAAUGAUGAUGACAAUAUUCCAUACUGGAUAGGUCCGAUGAUUUCCUUAUUGCCUGAUAUAGGGCUUCAACGUGCCUUACUUCGUGCUCUGCAAGCACAAGGAUCUCCACGUAUUCCAGUUGAUAUGCAAGAAGCUUUGUUAAAAAGUGGUCAUCAAUUUAAGCGCAACAAAAUCCCUAUAUUAGCUCUUCCUCCAUGGUCAAAGAAAGUCCUAAAAACAAUGCAAACAUGCCAGGAAUGUGGUCAAGUUUGUCUACGAAGUGAUCUAUCGACUCAUAUGGAAUUGGCUCAUUCUGUGUAGUAUGAAAAAAAAGAUAAUCCAAGGAGGAAAAAAACUUGUCAUAAACUUACCGAUCACUCGUUUAGUAUUCUUUUCACAAACAAAUACACAUCAACAAUACAGUCUUUCGUUUUUCGGAUCAUAUCUAAUAUGAAUUAUUUUCAUAAAUUAUUUUGUUUGUUUCAUGGUUUAUUUUUACACCUAUUUGUCCACUCUCAUAUGUGAGUUAUUACCCCUCGUAUGUUCACAGUCAUCUGAAUGGUGUUGGUAACAAUCUUUGAUUAGUCUUAGAUAUGUCUGUAUGUUUGUUUGUAUGUGUAUUUAUAUGAGUUCAUGCUUUUAUGUUCAUCCAAUUGUUUUACUGUGUAUAAUAAGUACGGUGAUUAGUAGAUUUGGGAGUUUGAAAAGUGAGUUAGUAUGUUUGAGUUACUUAGCUUUAAAUUGAUUUGCAAAAAUUCUUUUCUUUUCUAUUUUAAAACACUCUUUUGUUUAAUUUUUGAACAAAUCUAUUUCUUCUUGUUCCUUUGACUAUUCAAAUUAUUCUUUAGUAUUUUAGUACUGUUUAUAUUGUUAAAAUAACCGGGUAAAAAGCUGAUCAUCAUAUACGAUAUAAAUAUAUACAUGUUGUUUUUCAUUUCAUCAUUUUUUGUUUGUUUGUUUGUUUUGUACAAUGCUUGAUUGAACCUGUUUUGUAAUCUAUGCUUCAGUAAUAUCGAAAAGUAUCUAGGCGUAGUUUAUACCUGAGAAUAUGCACAUAUUUCAUACGUUUAAUUAGGCUGCAUACGGGCCAAUGGACAGCAAGGAUCUUCUCCAUGUAUAAGAAGUCCAUCCUAAAUAUUGCAUACUUCACUUUGCCUCAUGAGUUCCCGCAUCGGACGUUAAAGCCUUGAAAUACAGAGCUAACUCAUCUAGAACUGUUCAUAGAAAUGCUGUGUGAUCAUUCUAAAAUGGUUGUCCUUUGAGCACUUCAUCAGACCGUCAAACUCAUCUGUAAUCCGAUCUCCAAAUUGCUCUAAAGGUUUUUUCUGACAGUGUGAACCUUUGCGAAUUAAAAAUCAUCCUCAUUCCUUUAAUAACACUUGAGAUCACGUCAAACACAAAUCUAUAUUGGGGUAAAGGAACUGGAUAUAUUACUGACUUCAUAUCUCUACAUCAUUAAAACACAAUCGUACAUUACUUUGUCAAAUCAAUCAUGUAGCUAGGUCAUCUCUUUGUUAAAUAUAUUGGUGAUAUUUGAUCUGCAUCUCCGUGUCGAACAGCAUGACAUUAAGCUUACCAUUACUCAGGGACUUGGCUAUCUUCUAAAGUAACUUUCUCCUGUGUAUAAAACAGUAGCUUACCUAAAAUGACUAAACCAUCUGGUAUGUAACUGGCAGGGUAUAGUUUCCAUCUCAAGCAUAUUUACUUCGAUGUAGACAGCGGGAUCGUCUAACUAACGUCUCAAAUAAUCGAUAUGAUUGAAAAUCUAAUACAUGAGUUUGUAUAUCGUAAUAUAUGAGUUGUAAUAUAUAUUAGUCAUCACUUUUUAUGGAAAACUAAGAAAAUUGGUGCCCAGUAUUUUUAUACAAAAAUCAUAAAAAUGGAAUCUUAAUCUUCUGUUUGUCAUUUCUGAAGUAGAUAAUCCGUAUGACUACACAUGUUAAAGAUGUUAGUUUCUAAUGUAAAAUCGUUUUCACACUCACGA